UGGUCUUUCUGAGCAUGCACGGCCGCCAGCGCAUGUGCAUCCGAGGCAAAGGCCGCAGACGCCAACAGGGCCCCGGCUGCGUUUGUAGGGUCAGGGCUGGGGACGGAGGGCUCCGGGUGCGAUGGAGCAGCUCGGGAAGAUGCGGGGGCCGUUGGCUCGGCUGGACGCCAUCCUCCGACACCUCUCCCCGCGGCUGGGAGCAGCCCCUGCUCCUACAAGUAUUCCUACUUCAGCCCAAGUUAGUGGUGUUCCUCAACCAGCGAGGUUUCGCUGUACCCUGGACAACAACGUCCUCACCACAGAGCAAAGGCAGUUCUACGAAGACAACGGGUAUCUGCUCAUUAAGAAGCUCGUUUCUGACGAAGACAUUGAGCGCUUCAGGAAGGAGUUCAUGAGAAUCUGUAAAAAAGAGGUGAAACUACCGGGAGCUAUGAUUAUGAAAAAUGAGUCCCUGAGAUCCCAGUAUGGACAGUCUGAAAAAGCAGUUAAUAAAAUCCAGGACUUCCAGGAAGAUGAAGAGUUGUUCAGAUAUUGUACUCUGCCAGAGGUCCUCAGAUACGUUGAGUGCUUCACAGGGCCAAACAUCAUGGCAAUGCACACCAUGCUGAUAAAUAAACUUCCAGAUUCUGAUAAGCAGACUUUUCUCCACCCCAUGCAUCAGGACUUGCACUAUUUCCCCUUCCGGCCUGCGGACCGCAUCGUGUGCUCCUGGACCGCCAUGGAGAGGGCCGACCAGGACAACGGCUGCCUGGUCGUGCAGCCAGGGACACACAAGGAGCCCCUGAAGCCUCACGGCUACCCAAAGUGGGAGGGUAAAGUCAACAAACUUUUCCAUGGGUUGCUUCAUGAGGAUGAGAAGAGACCCAGGGUUCACCUUGUCAUGGAGAAGGGAGACACGGUGUUCUUCCAUCCCCUGCUCAUCCAUGGCUCUGGGAUAAACAAGACAUCAGGUUUCCGAAAGAGUAUAAGCUGUCACUUCGCCAGCUCAGAGUGCUACUACAUUGAUGUCAAGAACACGACCCAAGAGCACCUAGAGACAGAAUUGGUAGAAAUGGCUCACAAGAAAUACAACUUGACUUCUGUGGAACUCAGGGAUAUUUGGAACUUCCGAGCACGCCUCGUGCAAGGGGAAAGAAUUAACCUGUAGAAAAACCUCUGAAGACCUGGAUGGAUGACAUGUGCCUGAGAAUGAGCUUCUCUGAUCAGAGAGUGCAGACCUUGCCUUGGCAGGCAGAAUUGUGUGUACUUUGUUGACCUGUGUAUUGGUAACUUAGCCAAAUGCUGCAGCACAAAAUCAUUUUAUGCUAAUACAAAAUAAUUGCACUGAGGUUGAACAGCUGAUGUACGUUAAAGAAAACCUAACCUAGAAAACCAGAGAUUUGCUGUGGUUAUCUUAGACAGUUGAAGAAUUAGGGUCUUGAAAGAGCACCUUGAUUUUCUUGAUGUUUUCAUUCUUAUCUUUCAGAAGUUUCUCACAUGACAUAACUUUGGAAUGAUGGUGUACUAACAUAAGAUUUUAUACAAGGGUAUAUUUUUAAAUGUUUCCAACUCCCUUUUCUAUGCGAAAGAAUAAAGUGAAUCGGAGUUUCACGCAA